AGCCUUCUACCCGCAAGGCGGCGCUGUCCCGAUUGGAUUUGCUUGCAAGCGGCCAAGAGGAAGUAGGUGAGGCGGACUCGUUUGUCCCUGGCGUUUGUCUUUUCGGCCCAGCUUUGUGCAUCCAUCGCAGCAUUGCGCUAACCAGACCGCUUCGCCGUAGAGGUUUUCUGCAGAUUCCUGACACAAAGUUGACGACUCAAGUAAGCCACUUCAAUGCAAGGGGAGCUUUUUGUCCCGCCUAUCAAUCAAAGCGCCGGGUAAUACGAGUGACGGGAAGGAGCGGUGUUGUCAAGGAUACGUCAGCCCACGACGCUAGCAGCGACGUAGCUCGUGUGCGAAGAGGAUUUCAAAAAAAGACUUUGUUUUUGCCACGCCGGGGUGCACUUUUCGUGGCAUGGCCGAGCUGCACAUCAUAGGUCAGCUGGUUGGUGCCACGGGAUUCCCUCAAAGCCGUCUCUUUUGCAAAUGGGGGGUUCACACUGGCGGAGCGUGGCGUCUUCUCUCGGGUUUGAAGCAGGGUCAAACCCAAGUUGACAGCCCCCAGACGGGAGACAUGGCGUACUGGUGCCACCCUAUCGACCUGCAUUACGCCACCAAGGGACUCCAAGGUUGGCCCAAGAUUCACCUCCAGGUGUGGCACCAAGACUCUUUCGGUCGCUGCGAGUUGUUCGGAUACGGGUACUGCCACGUCCCCUCCAGCCCUGGACAUCAUCGGGUCAGCUGCUGCACGUGGAGGCCCCUCGGCACCUGGCAGGAAGAGCUAUCGCGAAUGUUUGUCGGCGGGGGGCCGCAGCUCAGGAGCCCGGAUCUCAUCUACAGCGGCGCGGACAGAUACAGGUUGCACACCGUGGCCAUGGGCACCGUGGAGCUGGAGCUCGGCAUCAUCGUGAGACACUUUGACAAAUAUGGCGUCGAGAAUUGACACCGAAAUAACUCGCGUGCUAUAUAUGAUGUCUUUACAUAAAAGUGAACCACAGACCAAAAUGCCCUCUGAAAUCACACACACGACCAACCAACUUGUUUGCAAAAUUCUGUGAAUUUUGACAUUUAACGUGGUAAUAACCCAGGAAUGUACGAAAUUGAAUAUUUUCUAUUCAUAGGGGACUCAAAUACAUAUUUUAAGCAUAAUAAAUCUUUAAAUGGACAAAUCUUGCCCCCCCCCGUUAUCUAGAAAUUUGCUGCAUUCGGUUUAUGAAUGGAUCGGGGGAUGCAUAUCUCACUUAACGUUUUUAUUUCAAACUUUGUAAAGAGCUGCUGUACUCAGAAAUAAAUUUGUUGAAAUGUCAUGCUUUGUAAAAAAAAAAUAUUUUGCAUGGAUGUAUGCUUAUGAGAAAGCCUUGAAUGUGAUACCUUACCAUAUACAGACUAUCACAUAACCAAACCGGGAACAGAGGUGAGCAGACUUCUUGUUCGGUGCGAUAACAAGCAUAACUGCUUGAACCUGAAAUUUAUAAAAUGUUUUCUUUAUGGCAGAUGAGACAAAAUUUUUAAAAAACUAUUUAUAUAUUGUGUAUACUCUACAUAUACUGUACAGUUGAAUGCAGAACUAUAUGAAAAGACGCAUAUGCUUUCCCACGACCUCUUCACUGACAGACUAACUUUUUAUAUUUUUAGGUCAAUUAGGAUUAUAACAUUAAUUUGUAUGUGCCAAAUGCCAGAAUCAUUUUGAUUAAAGUUUUUCACAAUUUUCUUUCA